ACCGGCGAAUGAAUGCUUUGACUCGAAUGGCCCAAUCAGAGGACUUUUUUCUGGAAUUUAAAGGUCUGUGCGGCAUUUUCUAACUACACAUCUCCUGCUCCAGCAUUGGGAAUUACACCGCUACAAGACCUGUUCUCUGCACUCCCUAAUCACACAAACAUACAAAAAUGUCCGAGAACGUCGCACGCCUGAACAAAUUCAAGAACAAAGGCAGAGAUGCUAACGAGCUCCGACGCAGGAGAGUGGAGGUGAACGUCGAGCUUCGUAAGGCCAAAAAGGAUGACCAGAUGUUCAAGAGGAGAAAUGUGGCCGCUGCCCCGGAUGAGGCGACGUCUCCCCUCCAAGAAAGAAACCAGAACUGCCAGGCAUUCAGACAGUGGACUGUCGAGGAGAUUGUUGCUGGAGUGAACAGUGGCAGUCUCGAGUCCCAGCUGCAGGCAACCCAGGCUGCACGGAAGCUGCUGUCCCGUGACAAACACCCUCCCAUCGACCAGAUGAUCGCUUCCGGCCUCAUCCCCAAGUUCGUCUCCUUCCUUGCCCUCACUGACUGCCCUCCGAUCCAGUUCGAGGCGUCCUGGGCGCUGACCAACAUCGCCUCGGGGACGUCUGCUCAGACUAUGGCCGUGGUGGACGGCGGGGCCAUCCCUGCCUUCAUCAGCCUGGUCGCUUCGCCCCAGCAGCACAUCAGCGAGCAGGCAGUCUGGGCUCUUGGAAAUAUCGCUGGCGACGGGUCGGCUCUUAGAGACAGGGUGCUCAAGCACGGCGCAGUAGCCCCUCUGCUCACUCUGCUGGCAGUCCCUGACCUCACUGUGUUCACUCCCGGCUAUCUUAGAAAUGUGACCUGGACCCUGUCCAACCUCUGCCGCAACAAGAACCCGUCCCCUCCUGUGCACGCCAUCCAGCAGAUUCUACCCGCCCUUGUCCGCCUGCUGCACCACGACGACCUGGAGGUGUUGGCCGACGCGUGCUGGGCUGUUUCCUACCUGACGGACGGCUCCAAUGACCGCAUUGAGAUGGUGGUUGAAACCGGCGUGAUUCCUCGCCUGGUGAAGCUGCUCGGCUUCCAAGAACUGUCUGUAGUUACUCCAGCGCUCCGUGCUCUGGGUAACAUCGUGACCGGCACAGAUGAGCAGACUCAGGCUGUUCUUGACGCCAGCGCGUUGUCCAUGUUCCCCCACCUGCUGCGCCACAAAAAGGCCAACAUCCAGAAAGAGGCAGCCUGGACUCUGUCCAACAUCACGGCAGGGAAGGACACCCAGAUCCAGGAAGUCAUCAACGCAGGCCUCGUUCCCUACAUGGUCGACAUGCUCGUGCGGGGUGACUACAAAACCCAGAAAGAGGCAGUGUGGGCAGUAACCAACUUCACCAGCGGGGGCACUGUUCAGCAGGUGGUCUACCUCGUCCAAGCCAACGUUCUUGAGCCGCUUCUGAAUCUGCUUUCCUCCAAGGACAGCAAAAUCGUCCUCGUCAUUCUGGACGCCAUCACCAACAUCUUCAUGGCCGGAGAUAAAAUCGGAGAGUCGGACAAACUGAGUCUGAUGAUCGAGGAGUGCGGUGGCCUGGACAAGAUAGAAGCGUUGCAGGCUCACGAGAACGAGUCGAUCUACAAAGCUGCACUCAACCUGAUUGAGAAGUACUUCUCUGAAGAGGAAGAGGAGGUGCAGUGUGUGAUCCCUGAAGCUACUGAUGACGGUUACGCAUUCCAGAUCAGUGAAAACCAGAGCACGUUUAAUUUCUAAACGACUUGUUGCUUUCACUCUGUACUGUAACCUCCCACUGCUACGGUCUGUCCUGUGUUCAUGUGACAUUUGCUGAUAUUUGUAUGUAUUGUACAUACUCCUUUUAUAACAGAACAAAUGUGUAAAUAAAGCUGUUGGAUCUUGU